AUAUAGAUCAUUGGAGCGCAAUGAAGUAGCUUUUGGAGAGGAGGGAGGGGGCCGUCCGACAGCCACAGCGGCCAGCGAAGCGGCGGCGGCCAAGGCAGCACCAUCACCGCUCGCAGCCCAGCCUCUCCGGCCGCGAGGAGGCAGCGGCGGCCGCCGGCGGGAGCGGAGGAGAAGGCGGCGGAGGAGGAGCAGGGGCGCGCAGCCGGUGGGGCCACGCAUCCCCGCACUUCCAGAGCAACUCCGGCGCCUUGCACACCCCCGCCCCGGGCUGGGGGCUCCUAGAGUGGCCGCGCAGCCCACCCGAUCCUCCACACCAGCCCUGCCCACUCCUCUCCGGCAGCUCCGGGACUCGAGUCCGCGCGCCCGGGUCCUCGCUCCUGCGCCCCGGGAGCGCCGCCCGGACACCCCGACCCCGGCAGGCAGGACAAAGCCAUGAAGCCGGCGCUGCUGGAAGUGAUGAGGAUGAACAGAAUUUGCCGGAUGGUGCUGGCCACUUGCUUGGGAUCCUUUAUCCUGGUCAUCUUCUAUUUCCAAAGUAUGUUGCACCCAGUCAUGCGGAGGAAUCCCUUCGGCGUGGACAUCUGCUGCCGGAAGGGGUCCCGCAGCCCCCUGCAGGAACUCUACAACCCGACUCAGCUGGAGCUCUCCAACACGGCCAUCCUGCACCAGAUGCGCCGGGACCAGGUGACGGACACCUGCCGAGCCAACAGCGCCGUGAGCCGCAAGCGGCGGGUCCUGACCCCCAGCGACCUGAAGCACCUGGUGGUGGACGAGGACCAUGAGCUCAUCUACUGCUACGUGCCCAAGGUGGCCUGCACCAACUGGAAGCGCCUCAUGAUGGUGCUGACCGGCCGGGGCAAAUACAGCGACCCCAUGGAGAUCCCGGCCAACGAGGCCCACGUGUCGGCCAACCUGAAGACCCUCAACCAGUACAGCAUCCCCGAGAUCAACCACCGCUUGAAAAGCUACAUGAAGUUCCUGUUUGUCCGCGAGCCCUUCGAGCGCCUGGUGUCAGCCUACCGCAACAAGUUCACCCAGAAGUACAACACCUCCUUCCACAAGCGCUAUGGCACCAAGAUCAUCAAGCGCCAGCGUAAGAACGCCACCCAGGAGGCCCUGCGCAGGGGCGACGAUGUCAAGUUCGAGGAGUUUGUGGCCUAUCUCAUCGACCCCCACACCCAGCGGGAGGAGCCCUUCAACGAGCACUGGCAGACCGUCUACUCCCUGUGCCACCCCUGCCACAUCCAUUACGACCUCGUGGGCAAGUACGAGACGCUGGAGGAAGAUUCUAACUAUGUCCUGCAGCUGGCAGGCGUGGGCAGCUACCUGAAGUUCCCCACCUAUGCCAAGUCCACGAGAACUACUGAUGAGAUGACCACAGAGUUCUUCCAGAACAUCAGCUCGGAGCACCAAACGCAGCUCUACGAAGUCUACAAACUCGAUUUUUUAAUGUUCAAUUACUCAGUGCCAAGCUACCUGAAGUUGGAAUAGGAAGGCGAGGGGGCAGGGGGUGGGGGGAGGUUUAGGGGAGAGGGAGAGAAUCGUGCUUUUUAAUUUAAGAUUUUUAUUUGUCAAAAAGAAAUAUAUGGAUAUUGGGUUAUUUUGUAAAUUAAUAUUCCUUUGGGGGAUGAUGCUGCGAGCAGCAUGGUGAGAAUUAUUUAAAAGCCGUAGUCGGGAAGGACAGCUGUCUUUGCAAGGGAAUCGGAUGAGUGUCCUCGUUGUUUAGACGUGUGCACUGCAACACUGUCUCAAAGGUCGUGUUCUGGUGAAUUCCAUGAAUUGUGCUUUCCAUAAAUUCUAAUUAAUAUUAUUUAUAGUUAUU